AUGGCCGAAAACAAGGAUCCCAAGCAGUUGCAAGCCCAAUACACCCAAUAUCAAGACACUCUCCGUCAAUUACAGAGUAACCUUUCGGAAUUUACCUCCAAGAUACAAGAGUAUGCUAUAGUGGAUGCAUCGUUGGCACGAAUCCCGCCUGAAAAACGAAAAGGUCGGAAGUGUUUCAAGAUGAUCGGUGGGGUCCUCGUUGAAAAAGACAUUGACGAAGUCAGCAAGAUACUCCAUUCAGAAUUGGCACAGAUGCAAACCAAGCGCAAUGAACAGGAGAAGAAACUAACUUCAACAAAAAAAGAAUUUGACGAGUGGAUCACGAAAAACAACGUCAAAGUGAUGCGUCCUGAAGAUAUGGAAUAG